AUGGUCCCUGUACAGUCCUUCACAGGUGGGGCUGCUGGUCACAGGUGGGGCUGCUGGUCACAGGUGGGGCUGCUGGUCACAGGUGGGGCUGCUGGUCACAGGUGGGGCUGCUGGUCACAAGUGGGGCUGCUGGUCACAGGUGGGGCUGCUGGUCACAGGUGGGGCUGCUGGUCACAGGUGGGGCUGCUGGUCACAGGUGGGGCUGCUGGUCCUGGUGCCUGGUGUUGGCGUGACGGCGCUGGUGCGGGUGCUGGUGCCUCGUCCUGGCGGCUGGCGCUGGUGCUGGUGCCUAGUGCUUACGGCUGGCGCUGGUGCUGGUGCUUGGUGCUGGCGGCUGGCGCGGGUGCUGGUGCCUGGUGCUGGCGGCUGGCACUGGUGCUGGUGCCUUGUGCUGGCGGCUGGCGCUGGUGCUGGUGCCUGGUGCUGGUGGCUGGCGCUGGUGCUGGUGCCUUGUUCUGGCGGCUGGCGCUGGUGCUGGUGCCUGGUGGUGGCGGCUGGCGCUGGUGCUGGUGCCUGCGUUCCGUCGCCAAUCCCUUCCCCUCCUCCCUCUCCCACCCACAGCGACCGCCGCUGCACACGCGAACAGUCGCGACGGGGGGUGUGACGGGCAGGGGGCCGGGGGAAUGCGACGGGCGGAGCGAGGCGACGGGAGGGAAGAAACAGGACGGGGGGGGAAGGGCCGCGACGACCGCCACAGACGCCGUCCCCUUCAUUCCCGAUGCCCCCCCCCCCUUCCCCACUCUCGCGCAAACUCGUCCUUCACAGGUGGGGCUGCUGGUCACAGGUGGGGCUGCUGGUCACCGGUGGGGCUGCUGGUCACAGGUGGGGUUGCUGGUCACAGGUGGGGCUGCUGGUCACAGGUGGGGCUGCUGGUCACAGGUGGGGCUGCUGGUCCUGGUGCCUGGUGUUGGCGUGACGGCGCUGGUGCGGGUGCUGGUGCCUCGUGCUGGCGGCUGGCGCUGGUGCUGGUGCCUAGUGCUGGCGGCUGGCGCUGGUGCUGGUGCCUGUUGCUGGCGGCUGGCGCGGGUGCUGGUGCCUGGUGCUGGCGGCUGGCGCUGGUGCUGGUGCCUGGUGCUGGCGGCUGGCGCUGGUGCUGGUGCCUGGUGCUGGCGGCUGGCGCUGGUGCUGAUGACUGGUGCUGGCGGCUGGCGCUGGUGCUGGUGCCUGGUGCUGGCGGCUGGCGCUGGUGCUGGUGCCUGGUGCUGGCGGCUGGCGCUGGUGCUGGUGCCUGGUGCUGGCGGCUGGCGCUGGUGCUGGUGCCUGGUGCUGGCGGCUUGCGCUGGUGCUGGUGCCUGGUGCUGGCGGCUGGCGUGGGUGCUGGUGCCUGGUGCUGGCGGCUGGCGCUGGUGCUGGUGCCUGGUGCUGGCGGCUGGCGCUGGUGCUGGUGCCUGGUGCUGGCGUGACGGCGCUGGAGCUGGUGCUGGUGCUGGCGGCUGGCGCUGGUGCUGGUGCCUGGUGCUGGUGGCUGGCGCUGGUGCUGGUGCCUGCAUUCCGCCGCCACUCCCUUCCCCCUUUCCCUCUCCCCCUCACAGCGUUCCGCCGCCAAUCCCUUCCCCUCCUCCCUCUCCCACCCACAGCGACGUUCUGAUACAACUCCCCGCUAUACCACCGGGCCAAAGUGAGGAUUCUCUACAGGAGCAGCGGAUGCUUUUUGUACCCUUGGUGCAGCACGCGUACUUUGGAUACAAAACGUGCGUUGAUCUUAUAAGGCUCUGGUUACUACAGCUGAGAAGCGAGCAGUCUCUGCCCCACACCCCUCACCCCUCUGCUCCCUCUCACCCCUCUGCUCUCUCUCACCCCUCUGCUCCCUCUCACCCCUCUCCUCCUUCUUACCCUUCUGCUCCCUCUUACCCUUCUGCUCGCUCUCACCCCUCUGCUCCCUCUCACCCACCUUCUCCCUCUCACCCCCCAUCUCCCUCUCACCCCCCAUCUCCCUCUCACCCCCCAUCUCCCUCUCACCCCCCAUCUCCCUCUCAUCCCCCAUCUCCCUUUCACUCCCCAUCUCCCUCUCACCCCCCUUCUCUCUCUCACCCCCCAUCUCCCUCUCACCCCCAUUCUCCUUCUCACCCUUCUCGCGCGGAUCUCCUAAAGCUUCCGGCGAGCGAGUGCGCGGUGCAAGCGAGGCUGUUACUCCCAAAGUCUCACCCCUCUUCUCCCUCUGCUCCCUCUCACCCCUCUUCUCCCUCUGCUCCCUCUCACCCCUCUUCUCCCUCUGCUCUCUCUCACCCCUCUUCUCCCUCUGCUCCUCUCACCCCUCUGCUUCUUCUCCAUCCAGUGGUCGCCGUGGCUCACAUGGCAGCAGGCGAGCGCGCGGAUCGCCACAACGCUUUCGUGCGAGUGCCAGAAGCCUCAAAAGGUGAUCUGAACGUGGGCGUGCGAGUGCGCGGCGGGAGCGAGGCUGCGACGGCCAGAAGCCUCAAAAGCGAGAUCACUGCGGGAAGCAGGAAUGGGAGCAUGGGCGUGGAGGUGGGGGUGGAGAUGGGGGAUGGGCGGGGGGGUGGGGUUGGGGCGGUGGGCGCAAGUGUCCACGUGGCAACGCAGAUCUCGGUGUCGGGCGUGAGCCUCCCCGUCAGCUUCGACGCCCUCCGCUGCUUCAGCCUUCCCCGGACGGCGCGCAAGGUGGCGGGUGACGUGCAGGUGUGGUGGCACGGACUCACGGGCUGUGGCAGGGGUCGCAGCGGCGGUGGGUCGCGUGGGAAGGGAGGUGCGGCGUGCAAGCAGGUGCAGUUCUUUGCCAACACGGCGUGCGAGGGCAAGGCGCUAGACGAGGUGCUGAGGCCGCAGUAUGCCGCCCUGCGCAGAUUCUUCCACGUGCCCAGCUUGCAGGGCAGGUGGGUCAUUGGUGGGAGCAUGGUGGUGGAUGCAGCAUGA